AUGGCGCCCGCAGCAUCUGGAGCAAAGAAGCAGAAGAAGAAGUGGUCCAAGGGAAAGGUCAAGGAUAAGGCCCAGCACGCCGUCAUCCUCGACAAGGCCACUUCCGACAAGCUCUACAAGGACGUCCAGUCCUACCGCCUGGUCACCGUCGCCACCCUCGUCGAUAGGCUCAAGAUCAACGGCUCGCUCGCCCGCAGGUGCCUGAAGGACUUGGAGGAGAAGGGCCAGAUCAAGCAGAUUGUCGGACACAGCAAGAUGAAGAUCUACACUCGUGCUGUUGGCGGCUCUGACUAA